UUGUACGCAUUUAUCACCCAUUUCACUUCCUCUCUCUCUCCCUUCCCUUUCUCCUUCUCCUCCACUUCCUCCUCUCUCUCUCUCUCUCUUUCUCUUUCUUCUUUCUGUUUCCUGCUAAAAACGAUAAAACAUGGCUCCUAACAAAUGGGGUUUGUCUCUCUGCUUCUGCUUCUGCUUCUGUAGGGCUUGAAGCUGCUUUUUAUCUGCUACAGCUGCUGUUACGUGAUCCCUUCAUCUUCAAUCUUCUACUGCUUGUUUCAGCUCUCUCUUUUAUCAGAAUCUUUUAGUUCUUGACUGUGGCCAAGGAUUUAAUUUGAACCAUCGAGAUUAGCCCAUAAAAUCCACAGUUCAGAUACUUUUUUUGUGGGGCUUUAAUGGCGGUGAAAACUCUGUAUUUCAAAGAACAUGAAGGGAUUAUCCAUAAUCCAAUUGGGCAGCUGUCGUCGGUGCCAUCAGUGCCUUGGUGGAGUACUUUUGGAUCUCAAUCUGCUUGUGGUGAAUCCUUUGGGAUACUCAAGCCUUCUUCAAUGGAACAACAACCAUCAACUGGUGGACUCACUGCCAUGAAGCAAGCUAGUCGCGGCACUGAGCAAGGGCUGGACAAAGGGAACACCACUCAGUUCCCUAUCUUUCCUGGUGACUGCAAAACUUCAGGUUAUGGGCAAAAGUCUCCUCAGAGAGCCAUCUCUCUGCAAACAGCUUUGCCAGAAUAUCGUGCUCAUAUUGACCUGGGAUUCGGUCAGCCAAUGAUCUAUGCAAAAUAUCCUCAUGCAGAUCAAUGUUACGGAGUAUUCUCAACUUAUGGACCUCAAAUAUCGGGGCGAAUCAUGCUGCCAAUGAACAUGACAACAGAUGAUGGACCAAUAUUUGUGAAUCCUAAGCAGUACCAUGGAAUAAUCAGGCGUCGAAAGACCCGUGCAAAGGCUGUAUUGCUGGAGAGUAAGACAACAAAAAAACGUAAGCCAUACAUGCACCUCUCUCGCCAUCUUCAUGCUAUGCGACGACCAAGGGGAAUUGGCGGCCGUUUCUUGAACACAAAGACUUCCAAUGAUGCAAUAAACGAAACCGAGGCAAACAAAGCUGGCGGUGGUCAAAUAUAUCAGCGAACUGGUUCUCAGAGUUCUGAAGUCUUACAAUCUGACAGUGGAACUUUGAACUCAUCAAAAGAAGCAAGUGGUGGUGGAUCAAAUCUUUCAGGAUCUGAAGUGACGAGUAUGUACACCAGGAGAAAUCUUGAUCACUUUGCAAUCAAUCACCUGGCAUCACAAGUACAAGCUUUCUCAGUGAUGAUGGACGGUGGGCAUGGCAUUAUUAUGUCCAACAAGUGGGUUGCAGCAGCAGAUAACUGCUGCAACCUGAAAGUUUAAUGGCAAAGGGGUGGAUUGGGCUGAGUCCCAAAUUCCAUCCCCUAAGCAUCCAAAUGAAAAGGUCUGUUUUGUUGGCAGAGCUUUGUGUGGAGAUUGACUCCUACAUUUGGUUGCUGGGCAAAUCAUUCUUGGCUCAUAUGCAUUAAGCUCAUCUCUAUCAUUCCAUGAAAUUCUGAAUUCACUGGAUGACCAGAGAUGAAUACCUUAAUGUGUACUUAUAAAAAAAAUUAAGGAUUAGGACUAGAAAAUAAAGUGGGUCCAUCCUCAUCCCUCUUGUAAUAAUUAUGUGAAAGUCUGGUUGUGUGGCUGUGAUCUUACAUUAUGUUGAAGCAUGAUCUGUCUGGCUUGUAUUAUCACCUAUAUUUCUGUAAUCACCAUGUGUUGUCCAAUGUUUGUUUGUGUUA